UAGUAUUUCAAGAUUAAUACAUUGGCCCCUAUUUCAAUGCUUUUUUGUUUUGAUUUCAAUUUCCACCUCCAUAUAUCACUCACAUUCCAACCGUGUCUUCCUCCUUAUAACCAGUAACAACUGACGAGAAAAACAUAAGCUCCAACACAAACAAAGGAAACAAUGACCACCACCAAACAGAUGGAUGUAGAGAGAAAUGAUCAUGAAAAACUGAAGCAUCUUGGGUUUGUGAGAAUUGCUGCUAUUCAUGCUUUUGUUUGCAUGUCGAGUCUGUAUGACUAUGCAAAACAAAACUCAGGACCUUUGAGAUCUGCUGUUGGAACCGUUGAAGGUACUGUCACUACCGUUCUUGGUCCUGUUUACAACAAAUUCAAGCCUCUUCCUCAAGAUCUCCUUGUUUUUUUCGACAACAAGGUGGAUGAAGCAACCAACAAAUUUGAAGAGCAUGCUCCUACUUUUGUAAAGCAAGUAGCAAAUCAAGCUAAAGGUUUGAUUCAAGAAGCAACACACAAAGCUGAGAAAGUAGUGAAUGAGGCUCAAUCUGGUGGGGCAAAAGCAGCUGCAAAUUAUGUAGCUACAAAAUCUAAACAAAUUGUGCUAACAAGUUCAGUAAAAAUAUGGUUAGGUCUCAACCACUAUCCACCAUUCCAUGCAGUGGCAGAGAUGGCAGUUCCAACAGCUGCACAUUGGUCAGAAAAGUAUAACCAUGUUGUUAAGGACAUUACUGGAAAGGGAUACACAGUGUUUGGAUAUUUGCCUUUGAUUCCUAUUGAUGAAAUAGCCAAGGCAUUUAAACAGGGGGAAGUUAAUGUGAGUGUAGAUCAUGAAACAUCUUCUGGUGAAGAUUUUUCUGAUUGAGUACUAGUACUACUACUAGCUAUUUUCUUCACAUAAUGUAAUGUGGUUGAGAAAGAUGUAGAGGGUGUGUGUAGGUAUGAAUGGAAAUGUAAGAAAUUAUGAGAACAGACUAUGUAGCUUAAUAUUAACAAAGUCUGUGGAACAUAAUAUGAUCAUGCCAAUUCUGAGUUAAAUAUCAAGCUUGUUUUGUCUUUUUCUUAGCA